CUCCCUCUUGCAAAGUGUGACAGCAGUGGCCUUUGGACCAGGUGCGAACUAAAUGAAAUGGAUGAAAUUAAAUAAAACAGUAGGAAUGAAACUCACAGGUGCCAUUAUGACGAAACAGUUAACGUCGGAGAGCAUUCCGAUUAAUGAGAAAAGGCCCAAAGACAAAGAAAUUCACAGUUUUCGAGUUAGCCUGUCUGUGACGCAGUUACACAACAAAUUUCUUGCCACAGACGUGUGGGCGCCCACAAAAAGUGGCAGGGGACGAAUUAUUCAUAACAAAAACCACAUCGUGCCCCAAGAAAGGGGUCCCCCACUGCACUCUGGUGCUGUGCACACACCAAAGGUUAAAGGCUGUUCAGGGACGCAGUCCGGCGUGAAUUGGUGAGGAAUUCACUUUUGUUUUCGGUAAGGCACGCGCUGACGAGCGGGCUUAUCAGUUGAUUGCCGCCGUCAUGGUCAUCGCGGCGUCCAGUUACCGCACAGAGGCAGUCUUCGAUUACAGCUGGAAGAAUGUUGUAGUUGCUUACUGAAACCGCUACCCGAAUCCCUCCAGCUCACACGUCCUCACCGAAGACACUAUCCAACGGGAAGUACGGGAUGGCAAGUUAUACUCGCGGAGAUUGCUUUCAAAGACUAAUCCGGUGCCCAAAUGGGGAUCUCGGUUCUACAACAAUGUGCCGGUCAAGAUUGUUGAGGAUUCGGUGCUGGAUCCGGUUGCGAAGACGUUCACCACAUUCACCCGCAAUCUGGGCAUGAAGAAGAUAAUGUACGGCUCCAGCUCCCCCGAUGACCCAAUACAC